GUCGAUUUCAAUUAUUGGUCGAUUUGACAUUGAAUGACCCAACUUUUAUUUUUUUUAUACGAUUGUCAAAACAAGAUAAUGAAGAAGAACAUAUACCGACAACAUCUUUCAAUUUUUACGAUAAUAAAGAAGUAGUUGAGCAAUUAAUGAACAAAAAAUACGGAAUUUUUCAAAUAAUUGAUCAAGCCUCUCGUCAGUCUGAAGAUGUCCAAUGUAUUGUAAAAAAAUUCGAAUAUUACAAAGGGAAUUCACAUGUUAAGAUCUUAAGUUCUCACGAAUUCUCAGUAGCCCAUUACACAGGGAAAGUCAACUAUGAUAUAGCAGAUAUUGUUGAGAGAAAUAGAGACUUCGUGUCUCCUGAGAUGAUAAAUACAAUGAGACUUUCAACGCUUCAUUUAAUAAAACAAAUGUUUUUCGGCAAGUUAUCUCGAACUGGCAAUCUUAUAUCAGAAUCAAAUCUAGUUGACAAUCCAAAAAAAAAUGAAAUCCACAAAAAUUUGAUGCCGUUAAAAUUGAACAAAAAUCGUGUCAUUCCCAAAGAUCAGUAUUCACAAACGAAAAAAAUGCGAUCAUGUACUUCAACAUUUCGGAAUGUUUGCUUGGAAAUCCUAAACAACUUAUCGGUUAGCCAAAAAAAUAUUGGCAUACAUUUUAUCCGCUGUAUUCGAGCUGAUUUGAAAAAAGAACCUUGGGGUUUCAAUGAGUAUAUAGUGAAGCAACAAGUUAAAGCACUUGGAGUUAUAGAAACGGCGUGCACUAGACAAGAAGGCUAUGCUUAUCGAAUUCCAUUCCAGGAAUUUCUUAGAAGGUACGUAAUAUCGUCGAGUUUGAGUUAUAUCAAUUCCUGUUAUUUUUCCGGCUGAGGUUAUUUAGUCCGUUGUUUAUUUACCCACUAUAUUUUACAGAAUGAAUUAAAAUUAAACAAAAUAAUCGGUUUUAGAAGAUUUCACAGAAAUCUAAAUAUUGCAUUGGUCCUCAUGUCGGAACUUUUGACACAUUUUUUAACUUUAAACACACCUGUGUGCU